UAAUAAUUAAACCUGAAUAUCAUUCCGAUAUCUGACAGCUAUUCGAAGAACACAUAUUUACUUUCUCGACAUAAUUUCACAUUGACGAAGACAUCGCUUAUUCGUUACCUUUUGAAGUAGUGUGAACAUAUAAUUUGCGGUUGGAACAAUAUCACCAUCAGGAUUGCAAGCAUUGAUAAUGUCGACUCAACACUUCUCCACUCGACCCACCCUCUCUCCGAUGGCUGGGAAUGCUAACUCACCGGUCCCCAUUGAGGUACGAGAGCCCGACUUCAACAAGGCCAUCGCUUCGGUCAUCUGGCUUCGACAUCAUCGACAACCAACCUCCCGAGUGUUUAACUGCCUUGUCUCGAACUGUCCUCUCUGUCCGACCUCGAGUUCAACUGAAAGACCCUCUUCAGCGAAACUUGGGAGCGUACCACGGCCGAAAUGGAGACUGACAUCUGAAGCUGAUCAAACCCAAGGUCGUCAACUGGUUGAUACCGUCAUCGACACCCUCGUCGAGCUCCAAAUCCAAUCGAAAGAGGCCAUCACCGUGGACGUCAUCCCCGCCGAAGAAGCGUCUCGCCCGAUCACCUCCGUCUUCUCUCGACCACCGCCCCGUCACUCCGGAAAAUCUCCGCUUCUGCUGUCCAUUCUGCCCGAUGUCGUUUGUCAAGAAGGACGAUUUUGCCACCCAUCGUCGGUUUCAUCUGGGAACUAAUGUCUACUACUGUCAAUAUUGCCAGAAGCCCUUCGGUAGUCCAUUUCGAUUGGUCAAACAUCGUCGCGUUCACACCCUAGGACAGCCGUUUCGAUGUCCGUUCAAAGGAUGCCCUUCAGAGUUUACACAACAAGGAAGCCUGGACAGACACGUCAGUCAGCAGCACCGCAACGAAUGGAUGACAGCGUAGAUCUUCCCAAUGAACUUUAUCAGAACUCUAAAAGUUUCCAUCUCGUUGAAGUGUACUGUAUCGUUGGUGGCGUCUUAUUCAUUUGCUUUGAAUCUAUCAUGUU